AUGGCAGAAUUUGAAAUAUUAAAUUUCAACAUUUCCAGGGCCCAGGGGGUUUACGCCCGCGGCCUCACCGUCUGCCCCCAACUCGAGCUGUGGACGUCCUAUGUGAAGUUCGUGUACUGCACCGGGACCGUCGACGAAUUCCGAAAGGCGUUGAUGCGCGCCGUAGACAAGCUGCGCUGGGACCCCCGCGCAGCCCCCCUCUGGCGAGAACUGCUGCUGCUGGACAUUCGAAUUUAUAAUGCCUCUCUCUUAACUCGGGGGCAGGUGCAGGGCCUUCUAUCGGACUUCACCGGCAGAGCCACGGGCCCUCUGAUUCCCACAGACUUGGAGCAGAAAGUGUUUAGGACUCCUUUGUCUCCUGGAGGCAGCAGUUUGGUGGACCAGUACGGGGACGUCAACGUGCUGCGGACAAACUACCAAACAUGCCUGUCGCGGGCAGUGGCGGGUUUGGAGGCAGUGUGGGUUUCUUACUGCGCGUUUGAAAGAGCUGUUAAUUCCAAUUCUCAAUUGUCAACUAAAUUAAUUUCUUUUUGGGAACAGAGGUUCACUUACGCCAGAAAGGCCCACGUGGAGUUGACGCGCCUCACGCGAGACAUUGACUGGUCGUGCGUUGCGCUGCCCCUCUCUGUCCCUGAUAAGUCGCGGCAG